AUGAUGAUUCGAAACCGUUUAUUUGUCGUAACUUUCAUCGCCAUUCUCCUUCUUCCCUCACUGAAAUGUCAAGAAACAGAUCUAUACACUCAAGAGGGUUCAAUAAGGCAGUCAAGCCAACCAGUCAAAACCCGUGCAGAAAACACACACAAAGGUACAGAAAAUAAAUCAAGCGGAAAUCACGGAUCUCUAGUAAAUGAGAUACAACCGAAGCUUCCAGAAAAAUCAAAAAAGCCUUUAAAAGAUAAAUCUGAUACAUCUUUAGAAACUUCUGAUCAUAAAGACAGUGAAUUGGGAUCCGAUUUCGAAGAUCUUUCUAAUGAGGAUUCAUCAGCUUUUGAUCAAAGAGAGGAUCCAAAAACUCAAUCAAAAAUAACAUUUGUCACUUCAGCUCCAUCAGCUCUAUCGGAUUCGUUGGUUGUACCGCCAGUUCAGGAAGCUCAGGAAACCCAAUCAGUUAUUUCUGAUGAAGAAGCUCCAUCAGCUCUAUCAGAUUGGUUGGUUGUAUCGCCAGUUCAGGAAGUUCAGGAAACUCAAUCAGUUCUAUCUGAUGAAGAAGCUCAAAAAGCUCAAGCUCUAGAAAAUAAAAAAACUAAAGAAGCUCUGGAAGCCCAGGAAAACGAAAAACCCUUAGAAGCUCUGAAAGCUAUCCUAAUUCAGAAAGCUCUAGAAGCCCUGAAAGAUGAUCAAAAACCCCUGGAAGCUCUGAAAGCUACCCUAAUUCAGAAAGCUCGUGAUGCUCUGGAAGCUAUACUAAUUCAGAAACCUCAUAAAGUUCAACUAGUUCUAUCGGAUUGGUUAGCUCACGAAGAUCAGGAAGCUCUGGAAGAUCAGGAAGAUCAGGAAUAUUUGGAAUUUCGAGAAGCUUUGCAAGCUCUGGAAGCUCAGGAAGAUCAGGAAGAUCAGGGAGUUAUGCUGAUCGAGAAAGCUUACGGUGCUAUAACCCUAAUACGACAUUUUAAAUCUCGCAAAGUUCAGCAAGUCCAUGAACUUUUAACAGCUCUGAAAGAUCAAACACCCUUCGAAGCUCUGAGAGUUAUAAUAUUUCAGAACGGGUUAGAAGCUAAAGAAGCUCUGAAAGUUCUUGAAGCUCUGGGAGCUCUGGCAGAUCUGGGAGCUCUAUUAAUUCAUAAAGUUCAUGACUUUCUACUAGCUCGGAAGGCUCAUGAUGCUCUAGAAGCUCUACUAAUUACGAAAGCUAAGAAAGCUCUACUAGCUCAGAAGGCUCAUCGUGCUCUAGAAGCUCUACUAAUUGAGAAAGCUGAGAAAGCUGAGAAAGCUCUACUAAUUCAGGAAACUUUGUGUGUUCUGGAUGCUCUGGAAGGUAUGCAAGAUCUGAAAAAUCUGAAAGCUCUGAAAGCUCUGAAAGCCAUACUAUUUCAAAAAGCUCACCGUGCUUUGGAAGCUCUACUAAUUCAGAAACCUCAGAAAGCUCAUUUUUCUCUGGAAGCUCUGGAAGCUCUAAAAGUUGAAGAAUACCAGAAAGCUAAAAAAGAUGAAAAACCUCAAACUCUGGAAAAUCAUAAAGCUAAAGAAGCUCUGAAAGGUCUGAAAGCCCUGAAGGCUCUGGACGCUCUAAAAGCUCUGGAAGAUAAAAAACCCCUGGAAGCUCUGGAAGCUCUGAAAGAUCUGAAAGAUCUGAAAGCUAUAGUAAUUGAGAAAGCUCAUGAUGCUCUGAAAGAUAUGAUAAUUCACAAACCCAAUAAAAAAAGACCAAUGGUUCGGACAUGUCAGGCAGCUCUGAAAUUUUUGGAAGAUCUGAAAAGUGAGAAAUAUCUGGCUCCAAAAGGCUGGAAAGCUGAAAUCAUUCAUGCAGCCUUGGAACCUCUGCAGUAUAUCGAAGAUCUGAAAGCUAAAAAAGUUCUGAAAGAUCAAGCACUGAAAACUAUACUAAUUCAGAAAGCUCCACCAAGAAAAGCUUUUGUCGCUUCAGAUGCCAAUGAAGAAAAUCCCCAGCUUCGUCAAGAACUUUUGUAA